AUGAAGUUCACCGACAUUGCCGUCACCCUGGCCACCGCGGGCUCGCUCGUGAGUGCCCAGCACCACCACCACAACCACCGUCAUGUCCACGCCAAGCGUGCCCCUGGACCGGCUGGCGACGUCGUCUACGUAUACGAGUUCAACGGCGUCCCCAUCGACACCCAGAAAGUCUGCGAGGGUAUCGCCGCCGGUACUCUGAAGUGGGCUGACGGCCAGGCUCCCGAGGGUGUUUGCAACACUGCUGCCAGCUCCACCGCCGCUCCCACUCCCUCCGUGGCCCCGGCCGAGUUCUUCGAGCUCAGCUCGUCUUCCAGCAGCUCCAGCUCGAGCCCGACUCCUACCUCGACCUCGACCUCCUCGUCCAGCUCGGUCUACACGCCUCCGCCGACCUCGUCCAGCACCCCGGUCUCCUCCCAGACCCCAACCCCGACUCCCAGCUCCAGCUCCUCCGGCGCCAAGGGUCUCGACGUUGACUUCCCCGAUGGAGAGAUCGACUGCAGCGAAUUCCCGUCCGACUACGGUGCGGUUCCCCUCGACUACCUGGGACUGGGCGGUUGGUCCGGUAUCCAGUACGUCAGCAUCGUUGGCGAGCUGGUCAGCGACAUCAUCACCGCCGUCACUGGUGAUCACUGCACGGAGGGCUCCAUGUGCUCCUACGCGUGCCCGGCUGGCUACCAGAAGUCCCAGUGGCCCAGCACCCAGGGUUCCACCGGCCAGUCCGUUGGUGGUCUCCAGUGCAAGAACGGCAAGCUGCGUCUCACCAACCCCUCUCUGUCUAAGAAGAUUUGUAUCCCCGGUGAAGGCGAUAUCCAGGUCCAGAACACUCUCGGCGACCAGAUCGCCAUCUGCCGUACUGACUACCCUGGUACUGAGUCUGAGACCAUUCCGGUCUCGGUCUUGGCCAACGAACUGCAGCCCCUGGCCUGCCCCAACGCCGAGACCUACUUCGUCUGGGAGGGUAAGAGUACCUCGGCUCAGUACUAUGUCAACCCCAAGGGUGUCAGUGCCGAGGACGGCUGCCAGUGGGGUGACGGCAGCCAGCCUAUUGGCAACUGGGCUCCUAUCAACAUUGGUGUCGGCCAGAAGAACGGCUACUGGCUGUCUAUCUUCCAGAACAAGCCCACUACCAACGCGAAGCUCGACUACAACCUCCGUAUCGAGGGUGACAACCUGAGCGGUGCCUGCAAGUACGAGGACGGCCUGUUCUACGACCUCAACGGCAGCAACGAGGAUGGCUGCACUGUCCAAGCGCUGGAUGGCAAGGCUACCUUCGUGGCGUACUAG